UCUCCACUUCGCUGCAUCUUCAUCCGCACAUCCAAAUCCAACCCUCAAUUCCACAGACUAUAUUUCCAUUUCAGCUUUAGGCUACUGAAAAAGCCCUAAAGCUUCACGUUACACGCACACAUUUGAGCAGGCUUCGGCCAGAACACUUACUGGACGCAGGCUACUGGGAGACUGCAUCUGUACUGAGGAGACCAUAAGGACACCACCCGCCCGGCGGAGCGCCGCUUGCACUGCGCGAGAUUCGGACCCAACAGGAUUCCCAUUCCUUGGAUAACGACCUCCGGACUCGACCUGCAUACAAUAUGCUGUCCACAAAUGCGCGCUCGGGCAUUCAACGACGCCGGACCCAACAUCGACGACAAAAUUCCACACCGGCAGCGUUCGAGGCGCCCAGGGUACGACCAUUCCCUGCUAACCUACAACAGAAGCGACAACAGCGGUCGGGCAUGAGCCUGGAUCUCAGGGGCCUGAACCUUGAGACCAUACACAUGCCUAGCUAUGGACCCAUCCCGGAACAGACACACCCAGGAGCCAUGAAUAUGCAAUCCUUCCAGCAGGAGGAUAGUACGGUAAGUAUUACUAACCCAGGACAACCACAACAGCAUACUAUGCAAGUAGCGCAGACGCACAGCCAGCCCCAGCCGGGCCCCCAGGAUACCUUUUUGCAAUCUCCAGUACAGACAUCUCUCCCAUCGCCGCGGACUCCUCGCCGGACGCUCCGCGCGCAGUCUCCCCAGCAGCCUCCUCAGUCUCCUGCGAAAGCACCCACAGAACAACAACUCAAAGACCUCCGCGAGCACAUACAGUCGGUGUAUGGGUCUUGCGGGCAAGUCUUCAUCAACAUCCUCCCCACACCAACUGCAACUCCUCAAAAGCCCGCGCAGUUACCCAGCCAUGAGCCUCUCGACACGGCUCCGAUGCCGCCGAAUUUCGCAGACAUGGCAAACAUCAACCUUGAGCCGACCUCAAGUGCCAUGGCUUUCGAUUUCGAGAACCCGGAUGCAGAUAUGGGAUACGAAUCUUCCUCCUACUACACAUCAGACGCCCUCUCACCGUCGCCCAUGUCAUCGCCCACUCAAAAGUCGAUGCAGCCCUUCCUCGAAGGCAUCGAAGAACAUCCGUCUCAGGAAAUGGUAUUCUCGCAGCAGCCGUCGUUUCCGCCUGCUACGAGCAGCGCCAUGCCUAUGGACAGCUUUCCUCUCUCCAUGAGCCCCAUGUCAGGGCCAUCACUCCUGCCUGAUAUUGAUGUUGACGCGAGCCUCGAAUACACAGGGAUCUCUCCAGAAGAAGUUCAACGGUACAUUAGCGAGCAAGAUCCGACGACAAGCAAGUGGACAUGCCUUUAUCCAGAUUGCGGCAAGAUAUUUGGCAGGAGAGAAAACAUCCGCUCGCACGUGCAGACACACCUCGGAGAUAGGCAAUACAAGUGCAACGGAUGCGGCAAACGCUUCGUUCGACAGCACGACCUCAAGCGCCACGCAAAGAUCCACACCGGCAACAAGCCCUAUCUGUGCCCUUGUGGUGCCGGAUUUGCACGACAGGAUGCGCUGACCCGCCAUCGGCAGCGCGGAAUGUGCGUAGGCGGGUUCCCGGAUGCCGUCCGACGACAAGCAAAGCGUGGCCGACCGAAGAAGAAUCGUCCGGAAAUGGAGCAGCGUAUCGAGAAAGCAAGCAGGACGAGGCGAGCAUUGGCUUCCGCAGCUUCAUCCGUUUCUGCAAGCUCGCCGCAGUCAGAUACGCGCUCUCCUUCGCCUUUUGAAGAUAUUCUGCAUUCGCAACCUUUACCGAAGAUGCUGCCUGAGACGGCCAGCUUCAAUGAUCCCAUGAGCUCAGCGGCAGACCCAUUCAGUUUUGAUCCCGCAUCCAGCCCUUUCACCGAAGACGCCAACGGAACAGCUUCCAGCUUCGUAUCUUCGAGCUCUUACACCGGCGAUGUCACAUCUAUGAACAUUCUCCAGCAUCUUUCCCAGAAUACCCACACGCCUCCCAUGUCUCCUGCUGAUAACCGACCGCAUUCGGCAGGAUCAGCGAGUGACUCGAAGCUGCCUGCGCAGCCUAAUCCUCUGAAAGGCUCAUCUACCCCAUCUCGAUCGUCUCUCCAAUCGAACCCAUUCACCACACCACCAACCUCACCCGUGGAGCCGAAGGACGAGCUAGAAGAGCUAUUUGAUUCUCUUCCUGAGAGCUCCUGCUCGCAGUUCGAUCUCGAGAUGAACGCAAUGAGCGAGUUCACAUCUCUGGACUCAAGCUCUUACGACUUCCUGGACUUCACUGUGUAAAUGCUGGCUUGGUGAAGGAUGCUGUAUGAAUAAAGAGCGAGGGAUUAACGAACGUUUAUGACCGGCGUUCUACGAUCUCAAGGCUUACAGGCGGUCGGGCUUGGGCGCAGGAACAACUGUAAUGGGAUCUUACGACAGAAUGACCUUGGAUUCUUGGCUUGUUGUUUUUAUAUAGGGCCUCGCAAACCCACGCUCUUUUAUUGCUGUUUGAUAGCGGGCGUAGGAUUUUGGGGAACCAUUGGGAAUUGGCUCUGCGCCUUGGCGAGUAUAGAUAGCUGGUACUGCGCAUGCAGCUAUUCUCCGUGAAUGGAAUCGGUGGUUCAGGCUUCAAGUCGUGUUUCCCGAUUGCCUUCGUAAUGCAUUUCGCAUUCGUGUGGGCUUUACGAUGACUUCAAGCCACCUUGCCCGGUCAUCGAUCUGACGGUCCAGCACAUGCCUUUUCUGAUUCCUGCUUGUCUUCUUGCUAUACUAGUGCCUCAG